ACUGCCUCGCUUCUGUAGCGGCUGUCCGCCGAAACCGCGCUACACUCAACCACGCGUACGCACACCCGAAAAAAACAAUACAAAAAAUCUUAUCAAGUUAACUGAAUAUCUUCAAAAAAUCAACUAUGAAUAACCCCGCUUUGUACGAGCAAGUUAACAGCCUGCCGAUGAGAGAUGUACGCAACAUUUUAGACGACAUCUCCCCUAAACUAAAGUGGAAGAAGAAUAUCAGUAACAUUCUGGACAUUGGAUGUGGAGAUGGAGGUGUCACAAGCAUGCUGAAGAAGUACAUCCCUACUGACUUCAAGCUGCUCGGGUGUGACAUCAGUGAGGAGAUGGUGAACUUCGCCAAUGACCAUCAUUGCAAUGAACAGACCUCAUUCACAGUGCUGGACAUCGCAGGAGAUAUUCCUGAAGACAUGAAGGGAAAAUUCGACCAUGUUUUCUCCUUCUACACCUUGCACCGGAUCUUUGAUCAAGAGCGCGUAUUCAGAAAUAUUUACGAUUUGCUGAGUGAAGAUGGAGAAUGCGUCACGAUACUCAACGCAAGCGCACCCCUGUUUGACUUGUACCGCAUUCAAUCGCGUAACACUAAAUGGAGCACUCUGCUUAAAGAUGCUGAGAAACACAUAUCGCCAUAUCACGACUCACAGGAUCCAGCGAAAGAUAUGAGGAAAAUAUUGGAAAAAAUUGGAUACGUGGACUACAAGGUGGAAUGCAAAAAUUUAUCAUAUAUUUUCGACAUCGGCAGUUAUUGGAAAACCCUUCAAGCAAUCAGCCCAUUCAACAUUCCGAAGGAUAUGGAAGAAGAUCUAAAGCAAGAUUACUUCAAUAUUUUAAAAGAUUUGAAUAUUGUGCCCAAGUACUAUAAUACCGAUGAGGAAAGUUUUAACUAUAAAUAUCGGUUGCUAGUUGUACACGCUCGCAAGCCGGCCUCAGAAUUUUAGGAAAAGCAAAUAAAAAAACAAUGGCUUCUAAACAGGUUAUAUUCUAAAUAGAUUUGUAUUACAUUGUAAUUAGUUGAGUAAUGUUUAUAAUGUUAAGUCUUAAGAUGUGUGUAAGAUGGCAAUAUUCAAUAUCAGUUUUAGAACUUUUAGAUUGCUUCUUGCUACUGUUCAAGGAAUGAAGAUCAUUUAAAAAGUAAAUCCUAGUAUAAACUAGCUGUUUCCCGUGACUUCGUCCGCAUAGAAUUUGAAUUAUGGAAUAUAACAAUUUUUGUUUCAAUUUUUCAAAAUACAAGUAGCCUAUUUUACACCUCAGUACAUCAGUUACUUGCCAGUAAAAUCCCGUCAAAAUUAGUCCAGCCAUUCCAAAGAUUAGCUAAUACAGACAGACAAAUUUUGGUAUGUGUAUUGUAUUAAACAGACACUCCAAUUUAAUUUAUGAUUAUACUUAGAUCUAUAUUCAUAAAUUAAAUUGAAGUGUAUGGUAUAAAUGUUUUGUGUAAUGCUUAUUAAGUUCAUUUUCUACAAAAAUAAUUUGUGGUGACCUAGAAAAAGUAAUUUCACCUAUGUAUACACUGUAAAUGUUUAUGAAUCUCAAAUGAAAUUAAAAUGUGAAUUAAACGAUUACGUCGCAUA